GUGUGAGAAUUUUUCGUUAGUUGUGGUCGGCUCGUGCAACGAACGUGAACGCCCUACGCGAUCGUGAAACUUUUUUUUUUAUUAUUUGUGAGACGAAGAUACACUUUUGGUCCGAAGUUCCUGUCCAUUUGGUGUAUGUGUGUGUUCACGACAUCUUCUUUGUCCAAGACCUUCUGUGUGUUGUGUGUGGUGGUGCUGUCAGUGGACUAAAGGUAAAAUUAACUCUGAAAUUCCUCUGUAGAUAAAGCCAUGUUUGUGAGAUUGGAAACAUGAUAGAAGACAUCAAGUUUCAUCAGUCAUAUCAUCACAAAAAAACCCGAGAGAAGAAAGAGGAUGAAGCCACAUUCGGCGGAGGAUAAUUAACGCCGAAAAAGAAAAAAACAAGGCCGUUGCAAACAACAAAAAUGUACGCCAGCAGCAGCGGUGGUGGUGGUGUCGCUAGAGUGACCUCUCCUGAUUCGGCACUGGCCUCGGAUGUCUUCGACAAGUUCUGCAACGCUGUCACGUUCAAAUCGAUUCUGAGCCUGUACCGGCAGCUGUGUGAUUUGCUCCGGCUAAAACCCACUUACUUCCCUCUUUUCUAUCCCAAACUCAAGGCAAAGUUACGCUCGUGGAAAGCCCAGGCGCUAUGGAGUAAAUUCGACAAACGGGCAGCUCAUCGGUGCUACAAUCGAGGAAGGCCUUGUUCAAACACACGGGUGCUGAUCAUCGGUGGCGGACCGUGCGGUUUACGGACGGCUAUAGAAGCCCAGCUGCUCGGCGCCAAAGUUGUUGUGGUGGAAAAAAGAGACCGGUUCUCUCGCAACAACGUCCUGCAUCUCUGGCCGUUCGUUAUUCACGAUCUGAGGGCGCUCGGUGCUAAGAAGUUUUUUGGCAAGUUCUGCGCCGGAUCUAUCGAUCACAUCAGUAUCCGCCAGCUGCAGUGCAUUCUACUUAAAGUCGCUCUACUUCUGGGAGUUGAAAUUCACGAGAACGUGACGUUUGAAGGACUCGCUGAGCCGCCAGAAGAUCAGUCGAUCAAAAUAGGUUGGAAGGCUAAAAUUAGCCCGGCGGAUCAUCCAGUCUCGCAAUAUGAAUUUGACGUGCUCAUUGGUGCUGAUGGCAAGAGAAACACAUUGGACGGGUUCAAACGCAAGGAAUUCCGUGGACGACUGGCCAUUGCCAUUACGGCCAAUUUGGUUAACAAGAAAUCGGAAGCCGAGGCACGCGUCGAAGAAAUUUCGGGCGUGGCUUUCAUUUUCAAUCAAAAGUUCUUCAAAGAACUCAACGCCGUCACUGGCAUCGACCUGGAAAACAUCGUCUACUACAAAGACGAAACCCAUUACUUUGUCAUGACGGCCAAAAAGCAGUCGCUGCUCAGCAAAGGGGUCAUUAUUCAGGACUUCCCGGACACGGUGAAGCUAUUGUCGAUCGAGAAUGUUAAUAAAGAGGCCCUGAUGGACUAUGCUCGUCAAGCGGCCGAUUUCUCCACCAAUUAUCAGCUGCCACACUUGGACUUUGCCGUCAAUCAUUACGGCCAGCCGGAUGUGGCCAUGUUUGACUUCACUUCCAUGUUUGCGGCCGAGAACGCUUCAAGGGUGCUAGAAAGACACGGCCACAAAAUGCUCAUGUGCCUGGUGGGUGACAGUUUACUGGAGCCGUUCUGGCCGACAGGCUCGGGAUGUGCGCGUGGCUGGCUGAGCUCUUUCGACGCCUGCUGGGCCAUCCACUCUUGGUCGAGUGGUCGGAUGACUCCGCUGGAGGUCCUCGCCGAGCGAGAGUCCAUUUACCGCCUGCUGGCUCAAACAACGCCCGAGAACCUGAACAAAGAUUACAGUGCCUACACCGUCGAGCCUCAAACACGCUACCCCAAUCUCAACAUACGAACCUGUCUCGAUAUCCAGGUCAAAUCACUCUACGACACGGAUAACUUGGCCGAGCUGGCCAGACCUGUCAAAGCUCCCGUCGAGGAGGGAACUCGGAAAAGAACUAAACGACCCGACUCUUUCAUUCACCCAGAUACGUUAUUGGUGUGGCUCAAGAAGCAGAUUGCACUCUACGAUAUCACCAUCACGGAUAUGACGAAUUCAUUUCAAGACGGCCUUGCCCUCUGUGCUAUUAUCCAUCGAUAUCGCCCCGAUCUACUGGAUUUCGCCUCACUUGAUCCAGCGAAUGUGGCCGUUAAUAACCAACUGGCUUUCGACAUCCUUGAAGAACUUGGCGUUCUUCCUGUGACCACCGGUUACGAAAUGGCUCAGUUGGCCGUCCCUGACAAAUUGUCCAUGCUGUCCUAUCUGACACAAGUUCACGAAUUGUUCCGUGGGGAAAUUCCUUGCGUCAAACAACCUAAAAGGGAACUGACCGAGUCUGAGGAGGACAUUUUGGGAGCAACUUCUCUGAAACGGCCAACUGCCAUUUGUUCUGCCGGCCAAUACCAACGCGCCGCAGCUCAGAGCAAAGUCACAACGCGAACGUCGACGUCCAGCAAGCGGAAAACGUUGGAACGCGUAGCGACGGCAGAGGCGCCCAGCAGCACACUCAACCGGACCGGAGGUGACCGCAACAAGGCCGACAUGUCUUUGCGCAAAGCCCGCAAGCGUCGCAGUACCGACCGUUCCUUACACAACACCGCGGAACGCGGUCAAGUCCAGCAAGAGAUAGCCGCAAACCGGUUGGACCGAAAGCAACGGGCGGCAGCUUUCCUGCGCCUCCGAUUCGAUAGAAGUAUGCAGAUGUUGCAAGCCGGUGGCGAUCCGGACGACGAGCCGGGCGGAUCCAGCAAGGCCACGGAAAGACAGAUGAAGGCUGAUCGCGACCUCCAGGAUAUUUCCCUAUUCAUUUACCGACUCGAGUCAGAUUUCGAGGAUAAGAGGUGCCGACUGGAGAAGAUGUUGUCCGGUUUCAACCCCACCGACCGCAAUGCCAAGCCCGGCCGUGGUAGCGGUGCAGAAGGUAGCGAAUCGCUGAGUAAUAAAGUCCGUGAUUUGGAAGCCAAGCUGAGAGGCAAUCGCCCAACUGACAAGAAACCCAAAGAUCUAAUCCGAGCCAUAGGAAAAUUGGAUAGGAGCGACUGGCAACUUUCUGCUUUGGAGAAGAAGAUUGAAGAGAACCAGACACCUGGUGGGGUGAAAGAUCCGCACAUGCACGAUAACAAAGUUCCCAAAUGGAACAGGGACGCGUUCACUGAUAAGUUCGAAGCGAUCAAUCGCCGGAUUCACGGUUUACCCGCAGAAGCCAUCAACGAAAAGUACGUCAACCUGGAACGCGGUAUGAAGCAGCUGGAGAGGAAGCUCAAAGAAGGCAGUGUGCUGGAUACGGGCCAUCGAGGCAGCAAUAAGGUUUCCGCCAUGGCUCAGCAGCUGUCCAAAAAGGUGCCGGAAGUGUCCAGUGUGAAUGAUCAGGCGGAAUCUUUCAGACCCAAGCCGGUGCUCAAUCUUCCUCAGCAAGGAGGCUCGGAGACGUGCCAUUUCUGCAGCAAACGCGUCUACCUGAUGGAACGCAUGAGCGCCGAAGGUCGAUUCUUCCAUCGCGGCUGCUUCCGUUGCGAGUACUGCGCUUCGACGUUGCGACUCGGAGGCUACGCUUUCGUCCGCGACGACCUCCUCGGUGGCGUCUUUUUCUGUAUGCCGCACGUGUCCAUGUUGUACUACAUGCGCAACAAAAUUUUGACGGGCCGUAACGGCGAAACUUGCGUUGACGGCCAAAUUGAACGAAGAAUUGCCCAGCCCGUUGCUGCCCAACCAAACAAUCAACUUCUCAACAUUAGUGCGGAUAAGCCAAUCGUGUUUGAGCCGAUCAAGAGCCCUCUAGUCCAGGCUGCUGUCCAGGCUGCCGAUCUCGACUUCCGGCGAGAUGGCACUCCGGAAAGAGUGGAAUUUGAAAAUUCCAUCGCCGACGAGACGGCCAAAGAAGAUCAACUGAGCGAAAUCGACGAAGACGAAUGGACUGACCACAAUUUCGGCAAUUCCGUCCAUUCUGGUACGGAAGAUGAAGCCUCUUCUUUGGACGAUUCAAGUUCCGACGAUGACGAAGACGACGAGGAAGGAGGAGAAGAAGUUUCCAACGAAAAUCUGAUGGAAUUUGACAGGCCUUUGACUGCAGACGAAACUCGAAGACUUGCCGAAUCGUGGAAGAAACGCUAUUCGACCGAAGCGUCCGAUCGCAAUCCACAGGAAUGUCAAGAACCGCUUCACGAAAGCAUUCCUGAAAACGAAGAAGAAAACAACGUCCGGAUUGAUGUCCCGGCCUUCCCACUUGCAUCCGAACCCAUCCACAAGAAAUCCAGUGAAGAAGCAACCAGUUCCGAUACAGAGAUGGGUUCCGAUGAGGAGUUGGAAUUGGAAGACGAAGAGGAGGACGAUGAAGGAGAGUAUGAAGAGGAGAGCGAAUAUGAGAAUGGCGAAGAGGAGGAAGACGAAGAUGAUGAAGACGAAGAAGAUGAAGAGGAUGAAGAAGACGGCCGAGAUUCUGCUACGGAAAUUGAAACUGAUUCUGAAUUUGAUCAAAACAGCAAUGCCGAUGUACGUUUAGGACUUCAAGGAAUCCCUACUAUCGUUGUCAACGAAUCAGAGGCUGAGCAGUUGAAAAAGAGCACUGACCAGCUGGCAAAUGGUAAUGGAUUGGACAGUCAUCCGGUAGCGGAAGUGGAAGCCGAACCAUUGGAACAGAUGCCACCCACCAGAUCCACGAAGGGAGAUCCCAAACCCAUCUACGUUGAUCAGUACAUAUCACUUGAAAAUGCUCGGCCACUCCAGCGGACGCUAUCCCAUGAAGAUAGCAGAAAUGCUGAUUCGGCGACCGCACCUGGCCGUUCGGGAGUCUUGGCCUAUUUGCGUCGCCACGAACAGCUGGAAAGGUCGCCUUCUACCGAUAUGGUGGCCUCUAAGAACUCGCUGGAACUCAAGAAAAAGUACAUGAUGGAUUAUGGAGGCUCUACAGGCUCGCUGGCACAAAAAUCUGCUUCGACCACCAAUCUCGAUAGUAAGCUGAGGAGCUUUGUGGACACCAUUUCCGAGGCCCAGAAAAAACUUAAUCCGGCCCCUCAGCCCAGCGUUCCCAUGCAGGUGUUCUUACAGAACACGGCCAACAUUUUCCAACCAGGGCCACGUCAAGUGCCAAACGUUUUACCCGUCGAAAAAACUAACGAACCUGCUGAACCGGUUCUCAGUAUUCCAAAAGAAAUCCCGCCAGAGGAUUUGGAGUGUUUUGAAAAGGAACCUCCAACUCCGACCAACAGUGAACCCCCAGCUGAAGCGAUUGCUGCAAUCGAAUCCGCUGAAAUUGUAGCGGUCACGCCGAGCGACAGCGGCUCCGCCCAAACAAAUGGAAACAUCGCCAGCGAAGUCACUAGCAGUGACACCGAAUCAGAAGAAUCCAAGGAGGAAUCUAAUCGGGACGCAACUUCAGAUUUCGACACGGAUUCUGAAGCGGAUUCAUCCGAACCACCUUACGAAGCGCUCAACCAGUAUGUUGCUUUGCCCAGUGUCGUCGUGGAAGAAGACGAAGAACCGGCCGUUGUAAUCCUUCAGGACGUGCAAGAAUUACAGUCGCCCGAGUCCACCGACGAAGCGCCACCACGACCACCCCCUCAUCACCCGAAAUUGGCAAUGCAAGAGGAUUUCGACUUGAGUCCAUCCAGCGAAAAAGUUGAUCUUCCAGAAAAACUCACGACCUGGGCGCGGUCGCUUUCUAAAGAAUCGGUCGAUUCUUCCAAAUUUGCAAUGACCGAGACGGAAUUCUCCGACUGGGCCGAUAACAGUUUAGGUGGCGAUUUGGAUGCCGAGCUCAACAUUGACCCAGAGCCUGUCAAACAAACGGCAGCCAAAGAACAAGCUCGUCCAUCAGAGACUCCAGCUGCAAAGCCUGUCGUUUCUGGCAACAAUGGCUCUACCAAUUUAGACGACAUCGAAUAUGCCGAUGACAGCGAGGAACGAGUUGUGGAUUUCAAAGGCUACACUAAUUUGGUCGAGGAAACUCCCACGCCAGAAAAACCAGACACUCCCGUGGCCGCCGAAUCACCGGAAGUUCCCAGUUUGAUGUUCAGUCGCAUUAGAGACUCGAUCGCAAUGUCGCGUGACCGACAGUCACCUCUAUUUUCACCCAUCAAAGACGACCGCGUUCACAAAGAGAUUCAACGUCGUAUGCUGGAGAAGAAAUACGAAUCGUCACCGAAUUUGGUCCGGAAGAAGGAAGCUAUUUCUCAGGAGCGUGAACGACAGGGUGACUUGGUGCGCGAUAUGGUCCUCAGUCGCAUUCAGCGCACUAGUCCGGAGAAGACGAGGGAGCGUCGAGGAUCUUACGGAUCCAUGACGCCCCCUGGAUCUUCACGAGCUUCUCGAUCCGAUUCGGAGCCGAGGAGCACCAUCACUCCAGAUCGUCGAGACAUCUUCGCAACACCUCACUCGUCUCUUCGAUCCGUGGCGGAAGUGCCGCCGGUGCUUCACAGCGAAUUCGUCACGCCGAUGAGCAGCAUCAAGAAAGAUUCCGAUAAAAACAACGAAGGUGGUCUGAUGGCUGUGAAACGUGAAUUGUUCGUAUCGACACCGUCGAUUAGACCGACUGACAUUGGUGAAUUCAAGACGCCCAAUUUCAAAGAAUGGCAAGAUGCAAACAGACAACUUGAUCGCCAAAAUUCGGCUCGCAUUGAGGCUCGAGCCAAAGCUCAUGCCAAAGCUGAUCAAGAUCUGGGGUUGAGUCCACCGGAUUAUAUCGAAAAUCUGAAAGACAAGCUGCGCCGCAAGCCCAGCGUCGACGAGGAUAGCAACCAAAUGCUACCGGCCCGGACGCGCAGUUUCUCAGAACCGAACGUUGAUGCCGACAAAUCGUGGAAUCUCCCAGUUCAUCCCAAUAAUGUUGCCGGGCAGAUUUCAUCUGAAGUUGUCGAUGUACCACCUGCCAAACCUCCAAGAAUGAUGGUGCAUGCUCCGACUGUUGCUCCAGCCAACAAGGUGGAGUCUUCGCGAAUCUCGGACACUACCUCGGCCGUUCAACCGUUCAAUUCCGUAUUGAAAAACUCCAAAUCAAUGUCGCAAAUUGUUUCUCCUGCCGCUCCGGUCUUGCAACCUCCCAGUCCGCGGACAGAUGUUAUCGGCAGCAUGUUUGUACAACAACACAACCGCCCGUCCUCAUCCAGCCCGACAAGUCCACCACAAAGCCCACGAUCCGUCGGGUCAUCUAAAUCCACCAGUUACCUGUGGGCCGGCCUUUCACCUGCCGAAUCUCAAGCCAAACUGGACGCCGAUUCUGCUGCUUCGACGUCUUCUCCAUCGACAACGAACAAUCAGGGCGUCAAGGUGAAGAAAUCGAAAGACCGUGAGCGUCGACGCAGUAUUAUCCAGACGAUUACCGGACUGUUUAGCAGCUCCAAGAAAGAAGAAAAGAAAGACGAACCAAAGGAAGUUGAUUCCUCUCCCAGUAAGAAAUCCAGCCCACCCAAGUUCCAGUUGCCGAAAUUUUCGGGAAAGAAGGACAAAUCUAACAAGGAUAAAUUGGCGUUGGAUGACUCCUACGAAGAAGGUCGACUGCGAGCUGCUAGUUCUCCUGUCACGCCCAACAACGAUGUAAAAGAUGGUGUCAAACCACGAGCAUCGUCUCUUCUCGCUAGUCCAACCUCGGGAAGUGAAGCCAAUACUCCCACAACCAGUUUCGGCCUGGAACAGUACGGCGAUUCGGCAGGAACUCCUACCGGAGCGUGGUCAGCUUUCUCUUCGAGUAGCAGGCGACAAUCGAAGCAAGCCCGCCAAGUAGCGCGUCAAACGGAGUUAAAGAGACUGCGCAUGGCUCAAUCUAUACAGCGACAGCUGGAAGAAAUUGAAGUGAAGCAAAAGGAACUGGAGGACCAAGGCGUCAGACUUGAAAGAACUUUACGUGGUGAAGAAGGAGGAGUGUCCGGCCGUGACGAGUCUGCCCUGAUGCAGGAGUGGUUCCAGCUAGUCCACGAGAAGAACGCAUUGAGUCGGUACGAGCAGGAGCUGAUGGUUCGUGCUCGUGAACUUGAGCUGGAAGAUAGACAUGCCCGGCUUCAGAUGGAGCUAAAGGAUCGCAUGUCAUUGGAUGACUGGGAAGACGACGUCUUUAUCGCUGAUGGCUCAUUGGGGCCAGAGACGGUGAAAUCGCCAGCCGACGUGGACAAGGAGGGAGCCAUUCUUUCCGAGAUGCUGGAGAUCGUGGAGCAGAAAGACUCGCUGCGCAGCAUGCUCGAAGAGGACCGGCAAAGGUACCGUGAAGAGGACAAAGACCUGGAAACUCAAAUGCUUGCCAAAGGCUUGCGGCUAGCUACGCUUCGCCAACGAAAGGAAUCCCAAGUCUGAUGAUUAUGAAACCGUCUAAAACACCACGUUUUAAAGAGGAGGAUGUUUGUAAACAUUUGAAUUUUUUUUUCCCUUUUAUUUCUAUCCUCCUCUCUUAUUAUCGAGUCUCUUCUGUCCAUGGGAUUCCAUCCGUUCUGCGUAAGAACACCUCGACUUAAAACAAAAGUAGUCAAUUUUUUUUUGUCAAAAUUUUUUUCAUGAGAGGCCGCUUCCAAAACGUUGGUUAAAUUGCUAGUCAUUCAUUGAAAUGAAUUGAGCCUUUGGACUGAAAAAUGAGAUUCACGCAGUCUGCGCUCCUUGGUGGCUGUCUUAAAAAAAAAAAAAAAAACACAUAACCUUGUUUGAUGGAAUAAUAACUUUGUUAACAACAAUUUUUUGGGGGCUAGACGUACGUGAGGGGGGUGGUUAUUAAUGAUUAUCAGCCAACCGUGGAUAACGCGUGCUGUAAGAUGGGGUGGCGGCAUUAUCAGUGAUAAUAACUCAUCAAUUUGUGCAUGUUGUUGAGCUUUUUUUCCUGUUUGUUGAAUUAACGCCGACAAAAACUCGAUAAAUUGUUUCAUUUCUCCCCUCCCUCGAAGAGAGUGUGCGUGUUGUGCAAUGCUUUUGGCAGCUGGACCUCAUUGUUUUUCAUGUCAUUCAUGAACCGAAGUGAAGUUACCUUUUUUUUAACCUGCCUUUUUCUGUUUCUCGUUAUAUAUCCUCUUUUAUGGUUUUUCUGUAUCCGUCGCUUUUCAACUUAACCAAACGAUUUACUUCUUCGUAUAUACCUUCAUGAAACAAACUGACUGAUCAAAUGUUUCCCUUUUUGUCUUUUGUUCCUGAUCGAUUCGGACUUACCAUGAGAUUGAUACUCCUUAAAUUUUUGUUUUUUCCCCCCUUAUUUGUUUGUUUCAUCCUUUUUUGAAAAA